AUGUUGGAGAGCACCUGGGCAGCCGCGCGGGAGGAGGUCCCGGAAUCCGUGCACGCCUUGAUGGCGAUGUGGGGAGGGUUUGAUGGGCCACGCAACGCCAACGAUUGCGGUAUUGAGAAACGACUGGAGCUGGAUUUUCGCGGGGUUAUUGUGCCGAGCGAAGUGGCGGUGUUGGACCUCGAGUCUGUCAUGUCACACGCCGGGGAGUUGUUGGAGCGGCACUCCGCCGAAAAGGGCCUUAUUUCCCUUGUGUUUGGAAACAGUCUGAUGCAGUUGACGCAGCGACACGUCAUUGUGACAUCAUCUUCCUCUGUGCUACUGCAUGAAAUUUUGGGUCCGCUGCUCGACCUUCUUCGCAGCCACGGCAUUGAUAUUGAAUGGGCCUCUUUUAUGCGCAUGAACACGACUUCCCCGUGGAGUUCCUUGUGCGAGAUGAGUGAGAUAAUGGCACAGGAGUACGCGCAGCUGAAGUCCGUCUUCCCGUCUGGUCACCCGUACCUGACAGGGCCUCUUGAUAGUGACCACUUCUUUUACUUUGUUUAUGACGCGAUUGAACGGAAUGUUUUGGGCGCCCCACCCGAAGACGAUGUGCAGAUCAAUGUUUAUAUGUACAAUGUCAAGACAGAUGGGUCUGGUGACGACGAUGAUGCUCUAAAGAGCGUCCAACAGGUGGUUCCACUGUCAGAAACAGAGUACGAGAUGCUGCGCGUCUCCACAGACAACACGGCGCAUCCCUUUGCGGCAUUUGAAACGAACGCUAUGAUAGCCGCUACGAAGAAGCGGGAGCUUGUGAGGGGUCUUCUGGAGAAAUUUUGCCCCGACCGAUUCACGAUGGUUGUGUUGCAGGACCGCUGCAGUCCUCUUGCCCAGAAAGCCAGCAUCUUUGACGAGAUGGAGGGCUAUACCAUAAUGAACCGGGCAACCAACCACUUUGGUCAGGGCUACGCGUUCCACCAGACCAGCUAUAUUCGCGCCGAAUAA